CUUCUCUUCUUGCAGAGCUUAAACCCUACUGAAACUGAAGCUCUCACUGACCAUCAAUGGCGCGCUUAGCUCGAUCACUCAGAAGCCUUCUCUCUCCGUCUGCUUCCUCUAGGCCGGCUCUACUGCGGGCACAUCCCGGUCUCUACUCGCUCUCCUCGCGCUUGGCAGAGAAGCACGCCUCGGCGCCGAGUCCUUAUGUUCCCCAAGCUGCAGCCCGGACUUACAUUUCUGAAAUGCGCAAGUCCGCGUUUGAAGGCAACAUACUCAGGAUUAUCCGCAAUGAGAUUGAGUACGAGCUCGAGCUCUGUCCUCCCGCUCAGCCCGUAAACAAGUACGACUCUUUUAUUGUGGAUGACCGACCUGGGGAGCAAUGGAUUAGUUUGAAGAGGAAGUAUGGGGAUAAUGAAGACAUUGCUAUUGAAGCCACCAUGUUUGAUGGAGCCGUUCCCCUGUCGAAAGCUGCUGUUAUUGAGUCUGGAGAUGCCAUGCAGCUUCAUAUCACUAUAUUCGUCACUAUCUCCAAGGGAGAAGGUGGUGAUGUAUUGGAGUUUGUAUGCUCAGCUUUGCCUGAUAGCAUAGAAAUACGCAGGCUCUACACCCGUUCGUCGAAGAUGCCACCGCAGGUCUACCUGGGACCUCAAUUCAAGGAGCUGGAUAAUAAGCUGCAGGAGUUGCUUUACGAUUACCUGGAAGAGAGAGGUGUAAGUGAUGAACUUGCGGGUUUCUUGCAUGAAUACAUGAGGAAUAAAGAUAAAAUCGAGUUGAUCAGGUGGAUGGGAACUCUGAAAUCUUUUGUCGAGAAGAAACGAUGAUAUUGUGCUCUCUGCUUCUCUUCUUUUGCAGUAUUGUUUUGAUUAGAGAUUAGAUAACUGAGCCUCGUACGCCAUCAUAGUACAAUAUUUGUUUCAAUGGAAGUGCAUUCUCUGUCCCUGCAGGACACAAAAUUUGUAUAAGUCUGCUGAGAGUUUUUCUUUUGGUUAGUUCAUGGGACAGAAGUAGAACAUUUAUAAUGUUUGAUACAAGAAAAAUGAAUAGAAUGACAUAGGCGCUUCAUCGCA